AUGGUUAAUGAUGUUUUUGGCGUACAGUCUAGGUUUGAACCUAAGCAAAAUUUUGAGCAACCUCCUAAUGAAGAGGCAAUGGGCUUCUAUCAAGAAUUAGAAGAGGCCAUUCAUCCACUUUGGGUUGGGAGUCAGCAUUCUAAGUUAUUUGUUGCAGUUAGAAUGAUUAAUAUCAAAUCCGAUUGGACUAUUGCUGAAGUUGCUAUGGACUCAACGAUUAAGCUUAUGGGGGAACUAGCUAGUCCGGAAUUUGACAUACCUACGAGUUACUAUCAAGAAAAUAGAUUAGUUUCUGAAUUAGGAGUGUCGUAUGAUAGAAUUCAUUGUUGUCCAAACGGUUGUAUGUUGUUCUAUAAGCAAGAUGCCGACUUAAAUGAAUGUAAAUUAUAUGGACAUGCGUGUUAUAGGCAGACACCUAGUGGGAAGAUGGUUCCAAUUAAGGCGAUGCAUUAUUUACCUGUUAUACCUAGGUUAAAGAGGUUGCUUGCAUCGCCGAGUUCUGCUUCUCACAUGAGAUGGCACAAUGAAAAUAGAAGGACACCUGGUGUUAUGUGUCAUCCAUCGGAUAGAGAAGCGUGGAAACAUUUUGAUAGAACUUAUCCUAAUUUGGCUAGUGAACCAAGAAACAUUCAUUUGGGUUUGUGUGCGGAUGGUUUCACACCAUACUCUGUUUCGGCUGCACCCUAUUCUUGUUGGCCUAUAUUUCUUACUCCGUAUAAUCUACUGCCUGAGAUGUGUAUGACAAGUCCUUACAUAUUCCUAAAUUGUGUUAUCCUUGGUCCCCGUACUCCAAAAGUUUUGAUUGAUGUCUAUCUACAACCUUUGAUUGAUGAGUUAAAACAAUUGUGGUGUGAAUGUGUAGUGACAUAUGAUGUAUCAACUAAGAGCAAUUUCAAUAUGCAUGCUUCUUUGAUGUGGACUAUUAAUGAUUUUCCUGCGUAUGAGAUGUUGUCUGGUUGGAUGACUGCUGGAAAGCUAGCUUGUUCGUAUUGCAUGGAAAAUAGUAAAGCAUUCACUUUAAAACAUGGCCAUAAAAAUUCAUGGUUUGAUUGUCAUCGUCAGUUCUUGCCUAUGGAUCACGAAUUCAGGAAAAUGAAACAAGCAUUUAGAAAGAAUAAAACUGAAAAUGAUCCUCCAUCUCGAGCAUUGUCAGGAGAGGAAAUUUGGGGGAGGGCAAGACAAAAACAUAACCCAAAAGCUAGAUUGGACUUCAAGGAAUAUUGUAGGUGCCCUGAAUUGAACUUGCAAGAGUUAGUGAAUAAUAAAGUGUUCAAGCCCAAGGCUAGUUUUUCAUUCACUUUGGAGGAGAAACGAGAGAUUUGUCGACUGGUUAAGAAUUUGCGGAUGCGUAGGGUUUAUCAUACAGGAGAACAUACCCAAUUUGUGGAAGAUAUAGCUCUCGGACCAGGCAGUGAAGUUAAGACAAUGAAAAUGUACAUUGUGAAUGUUACCAGAUUACAACUUAUGUAUCCAGGUUACCCUAAGAAGAAAAUAACAUUAUUUCGGUGCAAGUGGUUUGAUCCAAGCCAAAGAGGUACAAGGGUGAAUCGUCAACAAAACAUAAUUGAUGUUAAACACACAAGACAAUACAAUCGUUGUGAUCCCUUUAUAAUUGCACAAAAUGCUAAGCAAGUGUAUUAUGCUCCAUAUCCUUUGCGUAGAGAUAAGGCUGAUUGGUGGGUGGUUAUAAAGACUAAGCCUGUGGGGAGGAUUGAGGUCGAUAAUGCGUUAGACGUGGCAUAUCAAAAUGAUGUACCAUUUGUUCAUCAAACGAUGGACACAGAGUUAGAAAAUAGUCUGGAACAUCCUCAAAACAUAUUAGAAGAAGUUGAUGAAGAUGAUGUAACUAUCAUAGAAAAUGUUGAGGAAGAAUCAACCGAUGGACCUGAAACAAGCAAUGGGGAAGAAUCAUCUGAUGAAAAUGAAACAAGCGAGGAUGAGUGGGAGAAUGACUAG